AGAGCGAGCAAAGGUGAACUCAACUCACGUCGUGUGUGUUUGUGUGUGUGUUGAGUGAGUGAAGUGAUAAAGGAGAAUGACGACGGCAUGACUCACGCGUAAAUCAGGAAUGACGACAUAGACUCGGGCUCAGGGGAGAAAAUCCGUUGACACAGAGACAGAGGCUGCGUAAAGAUGAGCACCAGACUGGCGGAGCAGGGCUCCUCCACCCCGGGGUGGGUGCGCGACCUUGAGGAGCGACGGCUGCAGCCGCACAAAUUGGCACAUGAAGUCGGUGCUGGGGCGCCGUGUUUGACCUGUGCUGCAGCAUGCCCUGGCUUGGAUUUGCACUUUUGGAGAAAGUCAUGUCGCAAUUGCAAAUGCAGUAAAGAGAAGCACGAUGUGAUCGAUGACAGUGGCUCCAACCAGUUUGAAAUACUGCUCGGAGCAGGAAACAAGAAACCAACAUACAAACUUCACAUUGGUAAGGAUGACGACAAAGAAAACUUGCUCUCGUUUGAGUGGCUACCGCCGGGAAUAACACCGGAUGUGGCCGAGCUGUACAUGAAAGGAAUCCCAGAAGCGCUGCGUCCAAUAAGCGGCUCGGAAGGCGCUCAGAAGCGCAGGGAAAAACUCGAACGACAGGUUCCGAUGCACGACUUGGACCCCAGCAAGUGUCACUCGCUGACCGAGGAAGAGGUCGUUGGCCUCGAGAACUACCGCCAGCACCUGAAAGAGGGAGCCGUGGGCCAGGGCCGGGUGGCCACUCUGGCGGCCAUGCUCAAGGAGCUGGGCAUGAACUACGGCGCCCUGGCCAAGGACGGAUCGGUCAUCAUGGGCAUGCCGCUCGCCACCGCCGACAACCGGCAGCAGGUGAAAAGCAACCAGCAGCAAGCGGGCAAGGGAGCGUUUCUGGAGAAAAUGCUGGUCGGCGACGCUAACUCCAAUCUUCAAGUUCCUGCCGCCGUCGACGCAGAGGCGGAAACGGAUUUCUUCCCGCCGCCUCCUUCGCCGCACACCCUGGAGCAGUUGCAGAGUACUGAACCGCCCAAUUUCAAUCCCGAGAACUCGGCGCCGAAUUUCCUAAAGAGGCCAAGUGCCUACCUGCCCAUUCCGUAUGGUCCCCCGAGAAACGCCGCGCUCGAAAAUGCAAAUGAUGAAACGCGUCCUGACAUAACAAACGAGAAUUGCGUUGCCCCUGAAGUGGAGGAAACGCCAAAGAAGCCAAUCAACCUGGCGGACGUGAAGACUCCGGCCCUUGUCCCCAAGGAGAAUACAAACGUGCCAAUCCGCGCCGAACGCUUUGACAAUAACAACGCCGACGGAGACCUGCCUGGUGACUUGGCAGGGCUACAACUGACCGGCCCAGCCUUCGAGGGUGGCCAGGCUAAGUGCAGAGAGUGCAACUUGCCCGCGGCGCCGGGCGAUGUGAUCGUCACCGCCGAAAGAGCUGGUCCUGGCCAGUUCUGGCACCCUGCCUGCUUCGUCUGCAGUACUUGCAAAGAACUUCUGGUCGAUUUGAUUUACUUCCACAAAGGAGAUAAGCUGUUUUGCGGUCGCCACUUUGCAGAAGAAGUCAACAUUCCUAGGUGCCAUGCUUGUGAUGAGUUAAUAUUUACUACUGAGUAUACUUUGGCUGAAGAAAAAUAUUUCCACGUGCGCCACUUCUGCUGCAUCGAGUGCGACACGCCGUUGGCUGGACUGAAGUACAUCUCGCGAGAAGGACAACCAUGCUGUUUGGCCUGCUAUGAGGCAAAGUUCUCCAAGGUGUGCAACACAUGCAAUAAAUUGAUCGGGCCCAGUGAGAGCAGUGUGAUAUGGCAGGAGCUGCACUGGCACGCCAGAGAAGAGUGCUUCUGCUGUUUCAACUGCAAGAAAAGUUUGCUGAACAACAAGUUUGCCGUCAAGGAGAAGCAGAGUCUGUGUAGCAAAGCGUGCAUUGAGGCGUUUUUGAGGUCACGUGUAGCCGUAACAGAUUUGUGAGCUUCCCAUAUAGUUUUGUCUCUCUAUUGAAAAAAAAUCAUGCCUCGCAAUUAAAACCAUUUAUUCAGUGAAAUAUAAAACCUUUUGGUUAGUUGCAUGAUCUAUAAAGUGUACCAAAAAUGGUGACGACCCCAUUUAAAUUUCUGAAUUUCUCAUUAUAGUAUAUAUUUGUAUUUUAUAAUUUUACAAAUAAAAAGGGAACCUAAAUUAUAAUUGAACCAAAUAA